AUGGAGGCCUUUACCGGCGUCCUGGACCCGUCCAUGACGCCGGGCGCCAAGAUGGCCUGGAACAGCGCAUACUGGGCGCUCGCAAACAUGUUCAUCGCCAGGGAGAAGCAGCUGUACGCGACGUUUGGGUCCUGGACGCGCUGGCGGCCGUUUGGCAUUGUCGACAGGGUCUACGACGACCAAGACGUCCUCUCGUUCCACCUGGAGCCCAGAGACGGCGGGCCGCUGCCGCCCUUUGUGCCCGGCCAGUACGUCUCCGUCCGCGUCGCCACCCUUGGAAAGGAGCACAGGCAGAUAGGGCAGUACGCGCUGAGAGAGGCCCCGAACCCGGACUACUACCGCAUCACGCGCGCCCCUCGUCCUCUCUCCACGGGCAUCGGCGCCUCGCCCAUGCUGUCGAUACUCAACUUUGCCGCCGAGGAGCAGCCCGGCCGGCCCGUGUCGUGGAUCAACGCAUCGCCGGGACCCAUGCCGUUCCAGCCGCGAAUCGACUCACUGGCCGUGGCCAAGAAGAACUUGAGACGCACAACCCUCGGCCUCGCCCACGGCGGCCACGCAUCGCCCGACUGCGAGGGGCAGCAAGACGCCCGGCUCGAUUUUCUGUCCCUCAAACGGGACGAUUUGUUCCUGGGCAACGAGUGCACCGAGUAUUUGACCGUAGCCGAGUAUUGA